CUCUCUCUCUCUGGCUCAGAUGUUGGCAAAGGGGGUUUUCUUAAUCAGACUGUUUUUUGGUCCGAGGGAAAGGAGGAAGAAGGAGAUUGUGUUGGAGAAAGGGGUCUGUAAAACGUCAGGCACGGCACAAAGGCUUUGCCACGUAAUUACAGGCUCCUAUUAAGUCGAGAUCUGCCCUCCCAGGGGUCUCCAAUUUUCUUGUAUUCCCUACAAAGCCUCCUCUGCAUGCCAGUUUGUGCCUUUUGAAGUGCCAGAGAGCUUCUUGAUCCAACUGAGAAGGAAAAAGGAGCUCAGCAAGAAGAGGGGGAGAGAGAGAAGGAAAAGGGGGGAGACCCACCACCACCCUCCUUCGGACUCUUGAAGCCCUUUUUUUUUUUUUUUUUUUAACUCCUUAGGAAAAGUAAAGUGAGAAUCCUGCUCUCCAAUACAUCUGCAAGACAUCACCCUCUCCUCCUGAAACUUUAGUCACUCCUGAGAAUCCACAGGAGUGCAGAGAGGGGGAACACUUUUCUUGAAGAUGUUUUAAAGCUGGAACAAGCCUUCUUCUGUUGGUGCUUGAACUCUUGCCUGGGAAUAACUUUUUUAACCUUAAAAAACCACUUUGAUUCUUCUCUCCCACCCCUUCUGCUCUCUUCUUCUGUUUGCCUAACUCCCCCGCCCUGCUGGCCUCCCCUCUCCUCCUCUCCCCCUUAUUAUUAUUUUUAGCGUGUGCGUGUGGACGCUUUUGGAGAGCUGGAGGGGAUUUUUUUCCCUCCUGAUUUGAACAUAGGGUGAUUUUUUUAAUUUUAUUUUUUUGGUGUGGAUUAUCUCUUUGGACGGAGCCGGGCUUGGCCUCGGGAAAGCAACCUAGGCUGAGGAAGGCUGCUGGUACAGGACUCUGUGCUCUGCAGAAGGGGGUCCCCCCCCUUUCCACUUUUUUUUUUUUGUCCAUCCCCUUCUCUCUCUCUCUCUCUCUCUCCACUCCCCCCUCUCUCUUCCCCACUCGGCUCCUCUCCCCCCCUCGCGCCCACAGCGUUUGGUGUUGAUUCGAGCGGGAAGAGGGGGGUGGGUGGGAUCGGAGGGGGAGACCAUGACCUCCAGCUACGGGCACGUUCUGGAGCGGCAACCGGCGCUGGGCGGCCGCUUGGACAGCCCGGGCAACCUCGACACCCUGCAGGCGAAAAAGAACUUCUCCGUCAGUCACCUGCUAGACCUGGAGGAGGCCGGGGACAUGGUGGCGGCGCAGGCGGACGAGAGUGUGGGCGAGGCGGGCCGGAGUCUACUGGAGUCGCCGGGACUCACCAGCGGCAGCGACACCCCGCAGCAGGACAAUGAUCAGUUGAACUCAGAGGAAAAGAAGAAGAGAAAGCAGCGGAGGAACAGGACAACCUUCAACAGCAGCCAGCUACAGGCUUUGGAGCGUGUCUUUGAGAGGACACACUACCCGGAUGCUUUUGUGCGAGAAGACCUCGCCCGCCGGGUGAACCUCACAGAAGCCAGAGUGCAGGUGUGGUUCCAGAACCGAAGAGCCAAGUUCCGCAGGAAUGAGCGAGCCAUGCUGGCCAAUAAAAAUGCUUCCCUCCUCAAAUCCUACUCAGGAGAUGUGACUGCUGUGGAGCAGCCCAUCGUACCUCGUCCGGCUCCAAGACCCACUGAUUAUCUCUCCUGGGGGACAGCGUCUCCGUACAGCGCCAUGGCUACUUAUUCUGCCACAUGUGCCAACAAUAGCCCUGCACAGGGCAUCAACAUGGCCAACAGCAUUGCCAACCUGAGACUGAAGGCCAAGGAAUAUAGUUUACAGAGGAACCAGGUGCCAACAGUCAACUGAGGAAAAAAAUAAUUAAACAGGCCUAAGAAGAAAUCAAAAACCAUAAGACACCUAUCCUGCUCUGUCAUUUCUUCAUCUGCUGGAAAAAAAAAUAAAACCAAACAAAAACAGAACUAAAAUAUUGGGACCAUGGCAGAGAAAAGCAGGAGAGGAAGCAAAAAUGAAAAUUAGUUAACAAAUGUUCCUCCUCCCUCUGGGAUAUCACCACCACUUGUUUCUGUGUGUGUUAAUUUUGUUUUUCCUUUCUAUUCAUGCGCUUUGCUUAAUAUACUCCGAGCUUCUUUCAGUUAGGUUCAGCCCACUCACCCUCAUGAUUGUAUGGGUUUUUAAAAACAUCUACAGCUGCCAAAGAAACUGUAUAUAUAUAUAUAUAUAUAUAUAUAUAUAUAUAUAUUCAGAAUAAUUGCCUUUGGUCUCCUCAUUGACCUGUUGGAACCUCCGUGCCUUACCCUACCCUUUCCAGUUCUCUGUACAGAAGCUCUAGGAGUGUUUGAAAAGCCAAAGUCUUUCUGAAGAGUCUGCCAGACCCGAUUCCCAUCCUCACUAUCUCCAUCUCUGUUGGUUAUGGUCAGCUAUUGGGGGAAAACAAACCAAAAACAUUGUGUCCAACACCUGGUUGCCGGUGUGUCUGACUCAAUGUGUGAUUGGCUGUGUUUGGCUAAUUCUAAGCUCUAAGUUAUAGAUGUUAAGUUCUAAGCUGUUGGUGAUAAUAUCACCAUUACCAUCACCCCUUGCCUACUUCCAAAUAAUCAGUCAUCUUAAGUUAAAGAUAUUUGUUAUUUUUGAAUGAGUUGCUUCACAGGCUAUUUAGUAGAAGGAAAAAUUUUCACUUGUGAGAGGGAGAGAGAAAUUUCUCUAGGAAAACAGACUGGGUUGUGAAAAGGAUGGCCUAUGUCUCUUUGGUGCCUUAAGGGUAGUCAGAUGCACACUUAUAUAUAUACUGUAUAUAUUUAUAUAUUUUAUAUAUAUAUAUAUAUAUAAUAUUCUUGCAAGCUUGAGUUUGCAGUUUCUCAAACAUGUCGAAGAGAAAUGUUGCACCAUCACCACCAUCCUUAUCUCUCCAGUGAUGAGACUUUUAAUGAGGGAUCUUGAUCCUUUCUUUCUCUACACAAUUCUCAUUAAGGCCAUAGAGAAGUUGUCAGGGCAGCUGUUUGAGAACAGAUCUUAUUUUCCCAUUAGGGCUUUAAAUAAAGAAUAAAUGGUUAGAGGCUAUAAAAAUGUCCUUGGAUUUGGAGCCUGGGCCCUGGUGAAAUGCUGAUAUGUCCUCCCUGUCCUGGGAAUGACACCAAGAGAGAGGAGGAAAAGCCAUUUAGUUGCCUGCUUUUCUCCACUCAACAGGACUAUGAAAGAUGUACAUUUUAAGUGGAAUACUUAAAUGUUUGUCUAAAUUCCAAAACCUUGAAAAGCAAUUGUGGGCUCUUUUUAUUUUCUAAUAUUUUGCAGUAAAGCUUAAUGUCUGGGGCUGGGAGCUAGGACUGACCUUUCUUUGCUUCUUUCUCUGUGUCUCCAGUCAUGCUUUUGUAACUCACCAGGUGGACUUGACCAAACCACAUUACUAUGCAGUGCCUCAGUUUACCUUUUUGUAAAUGGGUUUAACAAUACUUACCUACCUCACAGGGGUGUUGUGAGGCUCUAUUCAUUUGCUCCUUCAUUCUUUCCUGUAUCCUCUGCAUGUCCAGCACUUUGUAGCCAUUGGAGGAAAGAGACUAUAAAAACAGACAAUGCUAAUGGAAGGAUAUAGUACCUGGAAGUCUUGUUUCCUAGCAGGGUAAUGCUACUACUUGUACUUGGAAAAUCGUCUUUUGUUAUAUAAAUUUGAGUCUGUUGAUUCUUUUCUCUUUUAACCUCCAAAACAGAUCUGCUAGCAUCUAAGGUUUCUCUUUACAGACCUCCCUAAAACCCAUCAUUUGACCAAAGAAUAAGACACACAGAACGUGUAAUUUUGACUUAUAUUUUCAUCCUGAUCAGCUUGAUUCUAGUAAUUUUAGUUAUCAGUGAUUAAAAGCUAUAGAAAGAUUUUGGCCAUAUGUGCCAACUUUGAGUGACAGGCAAGGAAUUUUGGGUUUACGAUGCACUUUCAGUACACAUUUGUGUUUUCCCUUGACAUAUCAGAUUGAGCUAAUGGUGAUCUUUUUUUCAGUCCGUAACCAACCUGAAAAUGUAUGUCAAAUAUCAGUUCUGUAUUUCUUUCAGAAAUAAGAAGGAAGCCCAUCUUGUAUCUUUUGCUUUCUUUGACUUAUUUCUUUCUCUUUAAGUUUAUUUCUUACUGAAUGGUUUGUGUGGGCUGGCUGAACACACAUUAUUUGCUUCCUAACGAAUCCCUUGACUUAUUUUUUUUGUCCAACUAGCUGCCGCCAAUGAUUUUAAGUUUCCAAGGAACAGUUUAUCCUAACAGAUUAAAACAUUGUUUGAUUUGUGAAAUAAGUGCAAUCCAAGAAGUUGAUAACUUUGGAAAAGUGGAGUUUAGGGAGUUAAAAGAGGAUUGGGGUUAUGGUGCAGGGAACAGAAAUCAUUCAUGAGAAGAUUUUGUGAAGAAGGGAGGAAUCUUAGAAGAAAGAGAGAGAACAUACAUGCGAGAGACCAAAAGAAAGACAGAGAGAGAGAGUGAGAGAGAGAGAGAGAGAGAGAGAGAGAGCACCACGUGAGACAAAGUCAUUUGAAGUUCUCAUCCUGACAUUCAUUUUCAAUUAUGCACAGAAAAAUCUGAACCUAUAAUCUGAAUUCUAGGAGAAGCUAGGUGGUUCCACUCCAUGCCUGGGCAGAUGAUGACUGAAGUACAAUAGAGUAGCCUGUGCUGGUCAGUACCAGGAAUGGUCCCUGCUGGUGAAUCAACACCCCAAGUAUCCAUUAUGAAACACUUGACCAAGAACUAUGCACAUGCUACAAGCACCCGGUUUUGCUUUUUUUAUUAAUGAUGUUGAGAAAAUACCAGUUUCAUACGUGCUUUGGAGGAAGUCUUCUGGCUCUUCAGCCAGAUGUCAACAGAUGGCCUGGGGACCACAGAAUUCAAAGGUAUAUGUCUGUUCCACAUCAGUAUUACCCCCAGAUACAAAUGAACACAUAUAAACUAUCUGUCAAUGCCCAAAUCAUCCCCAAACAAAAUACUGAUUUGUAGGGUACUUGGCAGUUUAAGUCAAACCCAAAGAGGUGACUUAAUAAAAAAGGGAAUGACAUUAGGGUAUAAAGUUCUCAUAAAAAUGUAAUAUGUAAAUUAUAUCUUGCUUUAUGAUGUAAAAUAUACAUUGUUUGCGCUAGAAUAGAAAUGAUUCCUUUUCAAUAAAAAGAAAGAAGGAUACUACAAAAUCGUCUUUUGUUACAUAAAUUUGAGUCUGUUGAUUCUUUUCUCUUUCAACCUCCAAAACAGAUCUGCUAGCAUCUAAGGUUAUAUUCAGGAAAGAGUAAAAGUGAGAGGGGUUUAUGAAUAAGAGAACUUUUAUCAGGGUGUAAUAUUAUUUCCUAAAAAGGAAAAUGGUGUAUAGUUUCUCAAGAGUAAAGACAAUGGUAGGAAGGAGAGGGGGCAUUUCUACUAGAAUAACAGAUAAGUGCAGAGUGGAAAUUUUACAAGAGUUUGAUUUUAUUUUACCAGCAUCUUUAGCAUCUAUAAUACCAGAUAUCAUAUGACAAAAUAGACUUCAUAUAAAGCUCAACCUUUUAUUUUAGAAUAAAGUAACAAAGUCAAAUUUCCUAAGUACCUAUUGUGUAUAGCAUUGGGUGUGUGGUAAUGGGAGGAACAGAAAGACCAAACUCUGACACUGGUUCUGUUUUCAUACAAAUUAAAAUCUCACUUAAAAGGCAACUCUG